GCUGCGAGAAGGAGUCUGUUCCAGCUGAUCACCGAGGCCCUUUGCAGUGGUCUUCCAGAGGACACCGGCGGAGAUGAAAAGUCUGGUCUACCGGUUGGGGAUGCACUACCAUGUUCCGGAAGCAUACAUAGUCUCCUCAAGGCGUAUACCAGGCCAAACUCCGAGCCAAAGCUUUCUGAGGUUCUGCGCGUGUCUCUCUGCGGGAGCUUUCACAGUUGCGAACAGGGAUAUAGAACCAUACCAUUUGCGAAGCAAGUACCCACACUGAAAUUGGAGCGUCUCUCGUCAUCCAGAUCGGAGAACAAAGAAAAUGCCCUCUGUGAACACAUGUGUACCAGUGUGGCGAAGAUCAUUCGGAUUCUAAAUUGCCGUCCACACGCACACUUUGGGCUGAUUUUGCAGAGUAGGGGAGAUAUGACUCUUUGA